AUGAGUUCCGACGACGAGCAGAAGCUGCUGAAGAAGCUCAAGAAGGAGAAGAAGGAGAAGAAGGAAAAGAAGGAGAAGAAGGCCAAGAAGGAGAAGAAGCGGUCGCGCUCGGACGAGGAGACGACCGACGUCGCGGAAGACGAGGAAGCGCCGGCUGCAUCGCCCGCCACGGACGACGAUGAAGUCGCGUCGCCGGCCGCCAAGAAGGCCAAGAACGUCUCGACGAUCGGCGAAGGCAACCCCAAGGUCUCGGACUUCCGCGUCGGCGACAUCACGAUUGCUGCGCUCGAGAAGCGCGGUAUCUCGACGCUCUUCCCGAUCCAGUCGAUGACCUUUGACAAGAUCUACGACGAGUUCGAUCUCAUCGGUCGCGCGCGCACGGGCAUGGGCAAGACGCUCGCGUUCGUGCUGCCGGUCGUCGAGCGCCUCUUCAAGGAGGGCAAGCGCACCAACCGCGGCCGCGCGGCCAAGGUCAUUUGCAUGGCGCCGACGCGCGAACUCGCCAAGCAGGUCGCGACAGAGUUUGAGCAGACGGCGCCGAGCCUCAAGACGACGUGCAUCUACGGUGGCGCGUCGUACCAGUCGCAGAACCAGGACUUCCGCGACGGCGUCGACAUUGUCGUCGGUACCACGGGUCGUAUCUGCGACCACCUCGAGCGUGGCACGCUUCGCCUGAACGAGUGCAAGUUUUUGAUCCUCGACGAAGCCGACACCAUGCUCGAGAUGGGCUUCCGUGAGGACAUCCAGAAGGUCUUCGAGGCCAUGGAGGCGGCCAAGACCGCGCACCAGACGCUUCUCUUCUCGGCCACGAUCCCGUCGUGGCUCGACCAGGUCGCCAAGAAGUACAUGAAGCCCGACCGCGUUUACGUCAACAUGGUCAACGACAACGAAGACCAGGCGUCCAAGGACGUCCAGCAUAUUGCGAUCCCGUGCCACUGGCAGACGCGCGCGAGCCUUCUCGCCAACCUCCUCUCCAUGUACGCGACCAAGACGUCGCGCACGAUCAUCUUCGCCGAGACGAAGAAGGACUGCAACGAGCUCGCGGUCAACCCCGACAUCAAGCAGGACGCGCAGGUCCUCCACGGUGACAUUGCGCAGAACCAGCGCGAGAUCACGAUGCAGGCGUUCCGUGACGGCAAGAUCCGCCUCUUGAUCGCGACGGACGUGGCGGCGCGCGGUCUCGACAUGGACGUCGACCUCGUCAUCAACUCGGAGCCGCCGCGCAAGCAGUCGGGCCGCGCCGAUGUCGACACGUACGUGCAUCGCUCGGGUCGUACCGGUCGUGCGGGGAAGAAGGGCGUGUGCAUCACGCUCUUUACGCCGAAGCAGAAGGACAACCUGCUCCUGAUUGAGCGAUCGAUCAAGAACAAGUUCAUCAUGAAGGCGGCGCCCAACGUCGACGACAUGGUGACGGGCGCGGCCGCGACCGCCGCCUCUGAGAUCGAGACCGUCGACCCCAACAUGAUUGAGCUCUUCCUCGACACGGCCAAGACGCUGAUCGAAUCGAUGGGGCGGAGAAGACCGCCGGCCAAGGCGUCGCUCCUCUCGGGGUCGCCGGACCUCACGACGAUUCUCUUCGAGUCGGCCAACGUCAUCCGCGCCAAGGGCUACGUCUGGAACGCCGUGAACCGCGACAUUCCCGAGGAGUUUGCCAAGGACAUCAAGAGCAUGCAGCUCACGGCCGACUCGAUGGGCGCGUGCUUUGACCUCCCGAACGCCGGCCUCAAGGUCAUUGAGGACCUCAUCGCGGCCAAGGACUCGAGCUCGUACGGCUGCCCGUACUCGAUCCCCAAGACGCUCCCCAAGAUGCAGGAGCUGCCCCAGCGCACGGGCGGCAGCUUCGGCGGUGGCUACGGCGGUGGUCGUGGCGGUAGCUUUGGCGGUGGCCGUGGUGGCCGCGGUGGUCGCGGCGGUCCCCCCGGCGGUCGCGGCGGCCGUCGCUGGUAA